UGGAAUGAGGCUGUAGUGGGAGUCGGAGGACCGGAGCGGGCGCGCGAGGGAGGCGGCGGGCGGGGAGUGAGCCAGGCAGAGCGGGCGGGAGCCAGGCAGAACCUACGAGCGAGGCCGGCGUCCCCGCCGGAGGCGCCCGGGGCCUUGGUCCACGCCGAGAGGAGGACGAACUUCAACCAGGUAAUUCUUCCUGCAGGAUGAAUUAAGAGGAGAAGAUCCUUAUACCUUCGGAAUGGAGAGCAGUUUGUCAGUUUCCAAUAUGCAAGAGCCUUCAUCUUCUCCCUUGGAGACACGUCAGAGCUCAGCUAAUGGCACUGGAGAGCUCGAUUCAGAAGAAGGUUCAAGCCUGGAGGAAAUUGGCUUUAACUGGGGAGAGUACUUGGAAGAAAUGGGUGCCAGUGCGGCCCCUCACACAUCGUUCAAACACGUUGAAAUCAGCAUUCAGAGCAACUUCCAGCCAGGGAUGAAAUUGGAAGUGGCCAAUAAGAACAACCCGGACACGUACUGGGUGGCCACCGUCAUCACCACCUGUGGGCAGCUGCUCCUUCUGCGCUACUGUGGGUACGGGGAGGACCGCCGUGCCGACUUCUGGUGUGACGUGGUGAUAGCCGACCUGCACCCUGUGGGCUGGUGCACGCAGAACAACAAGGCCCUGAUGCCCCCGGAUGCCAUCAAAGAAAAGUACACAGACUGGACAGAAUUUCUCAUUCGUGAUUUGACUGGUUCCCGGACAGCACCCGCCAACCUCCUGGAAGGUCCUCUGCGAGGGAAAGGCCCUAUAGACCUCAUUACAGUUGAUUCCUUAAUAGAACUUCAGGAUUCUCAGAACCCUUUUCAGUACUGGAUAGUUAGUGUGAUUGAAAAUGUUGGAGGAAGAUUACGCCUUCGCUAUGUGGGAUUGGAGGACACUGAAUCCUAUGACCAGUGGUUGUUUUACUUGGAUUACAGACUUCGACCAGUUGGUUGGUGUCAAGAGAAUAAAUACAGAAUGGACCCACCUUCAGAAAUCUAUCCUUUGAAGAUGGCCUCUGAGUGGAAAUGUGCUCUGGAAAGAUCCCUUAUUGACGCUGCAAAGUUUCCUCUUCCAAUGGAAGUAUUUAAGGAUCACGCAGAUUUGCGAAGCCAUUUCUUCACAGUUGGGAUGAAGCUAGAAACAGUGAAUAUGAGUGAGCCCUUUCACAUCUGUCCUGCAUCAGUGACCAAGGUGAGUCUCUCUCCUCGCUCUUCACCUCAGCCUCCAUGCACAGGAUUCUGUGGCCAGGACUUUGACUGGGCAGAUUAUCACAAGCAGCACGGAACAGAAGAAGCACCCCCUUUCUGCUUCAAAAAUACAUCCUUCAGUCGGGGUUUCACAAAGAACAUGAAACUUGAAGCUGUGAACCCCAGGAACCCAGGAGAACUCUGCGUGGCCUCUGUCGUCAGUGUGAAGGGGAGGCUGAUGUGGCUUCACCUGGAAGGUCUGCAGACUCCCGCUCCAGAAUUUAUUGUUGACGUUGAAUCCAUGGACAUCUUCCCGGUGGGCUGGUGUGAAGCGAAUUCGUACCCUCUGACCACACCACACAAAACAGCCUCACAAAAGAAGAGAAAGGUUGCAGUUGUGCAACCAGAAAAACAAUUGCCAUCCAUGGUGCCUGCUGACAAAAUACCUCAUGACCUUUGCUUAUUCCCUCACUUGGACACCACAGGUACUGCCAACGGGAAAUACUGCUGUCCUCAGCUUUUCAUCAAUCACAGAUGUUUCUCAGGCCCUUACCUAAACAAGGGGAGAAUCGCAGAGCUACCUCAGUCCGUGGGACCAGGCAAAUGCGUGCUGGUCCUCAAAGAGGUUCUUAGCAUGAUAAUCAAUGCCGCUUACAAGCCUGGGAGGGUAUUGAGGGAAUUGCAACUGGUGGAAGACCCGCACUGGAAUUUCCAGGAGGAGACGCUGAAGGCAAAGUACAGAGGCAAAACGUACAGGGCCGUGGCCAAGAUCGUACGAACAUCAGACCAAGUCGCGGAUUUCUGCCGACGGGUUUGUGCCAAGCUGGAAUGCUGUCCAAAUUUGUUCAGUCCUGUGCUGGUUUCUGAAAACUGCCCAGAAAACUGCUCCAUUCAUACCAAAACCAAAUACACCUAUUAUUAUGGAAAGAGAAAGAAGAUCAUUAAGCCCCCAAUUGGGGAAAGCAACAUUGAAAGUGGACCCCCUAAACCAGCCAGGCGUAGGAAACGGCGAAAAUCCAUUUUUGUGCAGAAGAAACGGAGGUCUUCUACCGUGGACUUUGCCGCAGGCUCGGGGGAGGAAAGUGAAGAGGAGGAUGCAGAUGCCAUGGACGAUGACACUGGGAGUGAAGAAACAGGCUCCGAGGUCCGGGAUGACCAGACAGACACCUCUUCGGCCGAGGUGCCCUCUGCCCGGCCCCGGAGGGCUGUCACCCUGCGGAGCAGCUCUGAGCAGGAGCGCCGGCCGCCCGUGGAGAGGGCAAGACGGGCUCGUAGAGUGCCGGCCACCUCCUGUGCUGAGGGCGGUGACAAAGGUCUGGCAGCCGGCCAGGAGACAGCAGAGGAAGUAAAGCAGGAGGAGGGGGAGAGGCUGGUUCUGGAGAGCAACCCUCUGGAGUGGACGGUGACCGACGUGGUGAGGUUCAUUAAACUGACGGACUGCGCCCCUUUGGCCAAAAUAUUUCAGGAACAGGACAUCGACGGCCAGGCACUCCUGCUGCUGACUCUCCCGACGGUGCAGGAGUGCAUGGAGCUGAAGCUGGGGCCCGCCAUCAAGCUGUGCCAUCAGAUCGAGAGAGUCAAAGUAGCUUUCUACGCUCAGUAUGCCAACUGACUCUACCCCCAGGUCUGGGCGAUGCAGCGGCCUGGGAAGCUUUCAGGACUGAACUCUGAUUUUUCUGGGCGAUGUGAGAUGGUUCAUACACUGUCACUGAAAAACAAGAAGCACGAAGGACCUCCUCCAUCCUCCAGCCUGUUUCGUAGUUCCAUGUUUUGUUUUGUUUUGUUUUUUAGCUGAGUCAUCCUGCCACCUGUUGGCAGCUCAGCUCGGGCCGGGAAUCGAACCGCUGUUGCUCAGAGCUCGCUCGCUCUUAACCGACUGAGCCACUUGGCCGGCCCCAUAGUUCCAUGUUUUUAAAGCACACCUCAGGACCACAGCAGUGGCUUCCGGAGCGUGUAAAUUAAAGUUGUGUGUCAGACCAUG